AUGUUCACCCUUUCUCUGAAAAGGGCUCUCACGGCCCUGGUUGCUCUGAGCGCCGUGACAGAUGCCCGGCCGCCGUGUCCACCGAGAGACAACCAGGAAUGGGUCACCGUCUGGGGCGCCAUGCCCCAGCUGACCGAGCCACAUAACCUGCCGCCUGCCCCAUUCAACGAGACGGGACUUGUCUUCAGGGACACGACGAUUCGUCAGACGGUCAAGGUCUCGCUCGUGGCGUCCACGAUUCGCCUCCAGAUCAGCAAUGUCUUUGGCGGCUCGGAUCUGCCCAUCACGGCCGUCUCGGUGGCCUUGCCGUCGGAUCCAUCGGUGGCCGGCACGAGCGGCAUCCAGGCCGACACGGCGCGAAAGGUGACCUUUUCUAAUGCAACGUCGUUCGUCGUCCCGCCCGGCGCCCUCUACGUGUCGGACCCCAUCACGCUCGAGGUCGAGGCCGAAUCGAUCCUGGCCAUCAGCAUCUACCUCGCCGCCGGCCAGACGACCAACGCCAUCACGUCGCACCCGGGCAGCCGCACGUCGUCCUGGCUCGCGUACGGCAACCACGUUUCGGACGCGGAGCUGCCGUCACCUGUCCGUACCGACCACUGGUUCCUCAUCUCGGCGCUCGAGGCGCGCCUCUAUAAGGGAGCCUCGACGUUCGCCAUCGUCGGCGACUCGCUCACUGACGGCCGCGGCUCGACGACAAACGCCAACAACCGCUGGCCCGACCGCCUACUGGCGCGCCUCCAGCUCGACCCGGCCACGAGCCAGGUCGCUAUUCUCAACCAGGCCGCCGGCGGCAACCGCGUGCUCAACGACGGCCUCGGUCCGGCGGCCCUCGGGCGCAUCGACCGCGACGUCCUCGCCCACAGCGGCGUGCGCUACGCCCUCCUCUUCAUCGGCAUCAACGACAUUGGCACGACGGCCUCGGACGAGGCGGCCCUGACCCUCACAGCCGGCCGCCUCGAGCAGGCCUACGCCCAGAUGGCGUACCGCAUCCGCCGAAAGGGCAUCGCUGUCUGGGGCGCCACGCUGACGCCCAUGACGGGCGAGGGCCAGACGUACGGGACGCCCGAGCGCGAGGCCGCGCGCCAGCGCGUCAACGCCUGGAUCCGCGGCAGCGGCGUCUUCGAUGCCGUCGUCGACUUUGACGAGAUAGUCCGCGACCCGUCGGCGCCCGAAAAGCUGGCGGCGGCGUAUGACGAGGGUGACCACCUCCACUUGAACCCGGCUGGCUAUCAGGCCAUGGCGGACGGGUUCGAUCUCGCUCUGUUCACGGCGGCUGCGGCGGGUACGUCUGGCUGGAGGAGGUGA